AUGCAGAGCGAGGCAGAUCAGCGUGGCGUUCCUGUCUUCCAAUUCGAUACCACUGAGACCGCGUCGUCUGUGGCUUCGUACGAUACCAUCCCUGCACUCAUCCUAGGGCCAGGCGGACACAUUGAAGGGUUUAUCCGCAUCCCACGUACAGAAGGGCCGGGUCGACAGAGCCAGAAGACUUGUGCGCCAUCUGUAAUUCCCCCGCGAUUGCAUACGCAAGCGCUGCCACCCCCACCUACACUUCCCCCACCCUCACCACCGAUCCGACGCGUAUCAUCGACGCCUGCAGUGAAAGCCCGCGUUCCAGCGCAUCUAGUACCAAGUCCCACCCAGCCUCAGGGUGUAAGAAAAGGCGGCACACCUGUCAAACCCAGCGCGAAGCCCACGCUCGGCAUUACGCGAAAAUCCAUCCCCAAAGUGCUGCCGAACGAUGCGCCGCUGCCGCCUGCCAGCCAAGGAUCCAAAGACUCGCCUAGCAUUCUGCAAGAAUGGCAAAAGGCGUUUGGCAUUUACACAAGCACGGAUACACAUGCGCCUAGCGAGGCAUCGUCGUCCCCAGGUGAAGACAGUUUCGACGAUGCUCAGCAGACCCUUUACCGCGUCACCAGCCCAUCGCUUUUCCGCCCUGCGUCGCAUGAUAGUACACGAAGCGGCUUUUCAGCAUCCGACAGCAAUGAUACAGCCAAGGAUGCACAGCGAAGCCCGCUAAAGAACGGCCCUUCGUCUUCGCGUGAGCAUCGAUUGCGUGUGCCGCAGUGGCUCCGCCCCAUGCCACGUUCGGCCAUGGACGCAUGGUACAGCCUAUCUCAUGCAUCAGAGCGUGAUGCGCGAUCCAUACGAGGGAGAAUUCCUACGCAUUCGGCCCAGCAGGAACAUGUCCCUGACGUGCCCGAGGAUAUCGGCCUACCGGCCAUGCCCAGGACGCCAGGGCCUGGUACAAAGGCGCCAUCUACGCCAAGUGCAAAGGGCUUCCACGUAUCAUCGUGGCGUCCUAUGCGUAUGUUGCGUCGAAAAGGGUCAACAGUGUCGUUCUCAAUCGUGUCAGACGAGGGCGCUAACUUGCUGAGACCCGCCUCGCCGACCAAGAUGUAG